AUGGCUUCGAAGCUCAUUAUCUCGGGAAGAAGAAAGGAGAACCUCCAUGAGAUUGUUCAGCAACACGGGAGCGACAAGGUUUAUGCGAAGGCUUUCAAUGUCAUGAAUCUCGAGCAAAUCCCCCAAUUUUCUUCUGAGAUCAUCUCAGAGAACCCCGACCUUGAUUGCAUUUUCCUCAACUCUGGCAUCCAGAGACCCUUCGACUUUUCCAAACCGGAGUGCAUUCCUUCCCACCUCCAGCAACAACAGAACCAAACCGCUAUCGCAUUCACUACUUCGCAAAUGGCACUUGUUCCGAUGAUGCGCUGCCCGAACUAUGGUGCUUCCAAGGCUGCUCUGCACCACUUCAUUCUAGCCCUUCGCACCCAGGUUCAGGAUGGCCCCGGAAAUGUUAAGGUCCUGGAGAUCUAUCCCCCGGCUAUACAGACUGAGCUGCACGACGCUAAGCACCAGCCUGACUUGAAGGACGGCCAUCUUAUUGGGAUGCCGCUGCAGGAAUUUGUUGAUGAGUUUUGGAACAGUCUGUCCAAGGGCGAGGACCAAAUCUCGGUCAGAUCGGCUAGGAAUAUCUUCAAUGCGUUUGAGACUAAGAGGCAAGAGCUCUAUCAUGAUAUGACUCAGAUGCUUUCUGGCUUGUUGAAGCAGUUCUUACGGGUGAGAUGCAGGCCUUGA